AAUGUGCUUCAUUCCGCCGCUGGAGGUCCUCAUCUUCAAAACAAACAAAAUGGCGGCGCACAUGCGAUGGGGACUUAAGCAGUUGUUACGGACAAGAAAUAUGCCUAACUUUAGGUGCCCCGUGGAGACCAGAAGCUCAUACCAAUCACGGUGCUCGACCCAGGUCUUCGGCAAAGUCCAACCUCUGUCCGGGAAAGGAACCCCUCACUUCUCCAUAAGACAGCUGUCCAUCCAGACUCAAGACACUCCAAACCCCAGAAGCUUGAAGUUUCUCCCGGGUAAACCUGUCCUAGGAAGUGGGACGCUUGACUUUCCCACUCCGAGCUCGGCUGGAUGUUCACCUUUAGCCAGGGACCUGUUUGAAAUUGAAGGAGUAAAGAGUGUGUUCUAUGGCCCUGACUUCAUCACAGUCACCAAAACAGAUGAGGAUGUGGAAUGGACAGACAUUAAGCGUCACGCUUUGGAGGCUAUUGCUAAUUUCUUUGAGAGUGGUGACCCCAUAACAACGGGGGCAGUGCACAAUGAAAGCAGUCAUUCUGAAGAUGAUGAUGAUAUUGUCUCUAUGAUAAAGGAACUUCUGGACACCAGAAUCAGACCUACAGUGCAGGAGGAUGGAGGAGAUGUCAUCUAUAAGGGGUUUGAAGGAGGCACAGUCAAGCUGAAGCUGGUUGGUUCCUGCACAGGGUGUCCCAGUUCCACAGUUACCCUUAAGAACGGCAUUCAGAACAUGUUGCAGUUUUAUGUCCCAGAAGUGAGCAACGUGGAACAGGUGGAAGAUGAAGUGGAUGAAAUCAAUGCAACGGUUUUCUCAGAGCUGGAACGGAAAUUACAAGAAUAAAUAAAUCCUUGAAGACAGUUUUAUUCCUCUGUGUAAAAACACAGCCCAUGCAGAAUUUCCCCCAAUUACUAUUGCACAAUCCUAACAAGGAGAAAUAGAGAUGUGCUAUUUUGUGUGCAUAUUAUAUACUGUAAAGAGUUCACGCUGUAAUGUGUACUGAAUGCCACUGUCACCAAGAAAUGGACUUAUAUACCAGUGAUCAAAGUAUAUACAGUCAUUCCUCAAGCAAGUUAAAAUAUUUUGUGAAGUUGAC